AGCGCCAGUUGCCCCGAUGGAAAGGCAACCAACCCAACAGGGAGUACAUCUAGGCACCCGGUGCGGGGAAAUCGCAAACACGGCGGGAAAUGUUGGACUAGGUGGACUUGGAUAAAUGUUCCUCACUUGUCUUACAGUUAGCGGUUUACUGACACAACCUGGGCUUGUGAUCACUCUUCAACCAUGACUUUCGAGUCUAUCGCGAAACACCAAUGCAUGGGGGUUGGAUGUGGCAAGGAGGGCAGCACCCUGCAAUGCCCCACCUGUCUCAAGCUGGGAAUCAAAGGCGGCUUCUUCUGUUCACAAGAUUGUUUUAAGAGAAAUUGGAGCAAUCAUAAAGCCUUACACGGAACACCUACUCUAUACAACCCCUUCCCCACAUUCACCUUCACCGGCUCUCUCCGCCCCGUCUAUCCCCUCUCCGAGCGCCGCGCUGUCCCCAAAUCCAUCAACCCCCCAGACUACUGGCAAACCGGCAUUCCGCGCAACCCCGCCCCCCUCUUCGACCGACGCGUCAAAUUCACCAUCCUCGACCAGGCAGGCCAAGAUGCGAUGCGCAAGGUAUGUCGUCUCGCACGCGAGGUCCUUGACAUAGCAGCAGCUGCCAUCCGACCGGGCGUCACCACCGACUACAUCGACGAGAUUGUGCACAAGGCGUGUUUAGAGCGUGAUUCCUACCCCAGUCCUCUCAACUACAACCACUUCCCCAAAUCCGUCUGCACAUCCCUCAAUGAAGUCAUCUGCCACGGCAUCCCGGACCAACGCCCCCUCCGCGACGGCGACAUCCUCAACAUCGACGUCACCCUCUACCACGGUGGCUAUCACGGCGACCUGAACGAGACCUACUACGUCGGACCCUCCGCCAGUGCGGACCCUGACUCCGUUCGCGUCGUGGAGACCGCGCGAGAAUGUCUGGAUAAAGCCAUCGAGCUGGUCAAGCCGGGGACGUUAUUCCGUGCCUACGGGGAUGUGAUUGAGGCGCAUGCCAAGAGCAGGGAUUGUAGUGUGAUUCGGUCAUUCUGCGGCCAUGGCAUCCAUGAGGUGUUUCAUUGUUUGCCGAAUGUGCCGCAUUAUGCGAAUAAUAAGGCUGUGGGGGCGGCCAAGGAAGGCAUGUGUUUUACUAUUGAACCGAUGGUGGCGCUAGGGUCGUGGAGGGAGAGGAUUUGGCCAGAUAAUUGGACUGCCGUGACUGUGGAUGGAGGGAGGUCGGCGCAAUUUGAGCAUACACUUUUGGUGACCAAGGAUGGGGUGGAGGUGUUGACGGCCAGGUUGCCGGAUUCGCCGGGGAUUGCGGUUCCUUUUCCUGUUCCUUCAGGAUCUGUAUAGCUGUAUCUGCUCUUUUCAUACCAAAAGCCAAGUCAUUGUUAUCUCCAACCCAUACAAUUAAUUCCACAUAUCCACAUCUCUGA